GUCGAUAUGUGCUCCUUAAACUCGUCACAACCGGUUCUCCUUCUCUUCCCGGUUGUUGUAUCCGUGCGGGUUUCUGGUCAGGUGUCACUCCAGCUGAUCCCUCGCCUCGCAGACCGAUCACCUCACAGGGGACAAUGUCGGAACUCGGUGAAAUUGACGAAGGGUUCUACUCCAGGCAACUGUAUGUUCUGGGGCACGAGGCGAUGCGCCGGAUGGGCACGGCCGACGUGCUCAUUGCGGGAAUGCGCGGUCUCGGGGUAGAAAUCGCCAAAAAUGUGAUCCUUUCGGGAGUGAAGUCCGUCACCAUCCAGGACGAAGGGCAGGCGGUGUGGACCGACCUUUCCUCCCAGUUUUUCCUGAAGGAGUCAAACCUCGGUCAGAAUCGGGCCACAUGUUCCCUGCAACAGCUGUCUGCCUUAAACCCUCAUGUUCGUGUCUCGGCCCACACUGGACCACUGGACGAGGACCUGCUUCUGCAGUUUCAGGUGGUGGUGCUCACCGACUCCUCGCUGUCGGAUCAGAAGCGUUUCGAUGAGCUCUGCCAUUCACGAGGAAUCAAGUUCAUUGCAGCGGACACCAAAGGUCUCUGUGGUCAGCUGUUCUGUGACUUCGGGGAGGAGUUUGAGGUCUUGGACGAGAAUGGGGAGGAGCCGGCAUCAGCGCUGAUACAAAGCGUCUCUAAGGCAAAUCCUGGAAUGGUGUUCCUGACAGAGGACCUGCAGAGUGAAUUUUCAAAUGGUUCUAAAGUCAUCUUCUCUGAGGUCCAAGGCAUGACGGAGCUCAACAGCAUCGGCCCUGUGGAGAUCAAAGACUGUGGGAAGGACUUCUUCAGCAUUGGCAACACUUCAGAGUUCUCUGAGUAUGAACGGGGAGGAGUAGUAACCGAGGUUAAACAGCCCUUCAAGCUGAAAUUUAAACCACUACGUGAAGCUCUUUUGGACCAUGGGCUGCUGAAAACCAAUGGAAAAAUACACAGGCACAAAACUCUGCACUUGGCCUUCCAAGCCCUCCACAGCUUUGUGGAGAAAGAACGGCGACUCCCUCGUCCUCGGUCUCAGUCAGAUGCAGAUUCCCUGCUCGCCAUAGUGGGCGAGCUGAAUGCAGUUGCACAGCUGGAUCAGCUGGAUGAAGCUGCUGUGAGAAGCCUUUCCUACACUGCCCAGGGCCAGCUGGCUCCUAUCAAUGCUUUCAUCGGAGGCCUUGCAGCUCAAGAAGUUAUUAAGGCUUGUAGUGGAAAAUUUACGCCUCUUCAGCAGUGGCUAUAUUUCGACGCGCUGGAGUGCCUCCCUGAAGACGAGGACCAACUGACGGAGCGCUGCCUUUCAGCGAAAGGCACAAGAUACGAUGGACAGACUGCCGUAUUUGGGGCGGCUUUCCAGGAGAAGCUUGGAAGGCAGAAAUAUUUCUUGGUUGGAGCGGGUGCCAUCGGAUGUGAGCUGUUGAAGAACUUUGCCCUCAUGGGACUCGGGGCCGGAGAAGAAGGCCAAAUCACUGUGACAGACAUGGACUUUAUAGAAAGAUCCAACUUGAACCGGCAGUUUCUGUUCAGGUCUCAGGAUAUUGGGAAAGCAAAGUCGGACGUUGCAGCCAAAGCGGUGCGUGAGAUGAACCCACGGAUGAACAUCACCGCUCACCAGAACCGGCUGGACCCUGACAGUGAAGGAGUGUAUGAUUACAACUUCUUCAUGGGUCUUGAUGGAGUAGCUGCAGCCCUCGAUAAUGUGGAAGCCAGGGUCUACCUUGACGGACGCUGCGUUCAACACCGGAAACCAUUGGUGGAGGGAGGAACUUUAGGAUGCCAGGGCAGCACUGUGGUGGUGGUGCCUCACCUGACAAAGUCCUACGGCCCAAACACAUCCAGUUCCAAUCAAGCCAUCCCACUGUGCACUCUCAAGAACUUCCCCCACCGCAUUGAGCACACCCUGCAGUGGGCGAGAGACCAGUUCGAGGGACUUUUCAAACACACACCUGAAAAUGUGAAUCUCUUCCUGAGAGACGAAGGGUUCGUCGAGCGGACUCUUGGCCUCGGAGACGCCGAGGCCCUGGAGGUUCUCGGGGGUCUGUGGAGCAGCCUGCAGAAGAUGGAGGCCGGAGGACAGCGUCCAACGAGCUGGGAGGACUGUGUGAGCUGGGCACGUUGCAAGUGGGAGACUCUCUAUAGCAACGAUAUCCGCCAGCUGCUGCAUUGUUUCCCUCCCCAAGAGGUGACUGCUGCUGGUCUACCCUUCUGGGCCGGAUCCAAGAGAUGCCCUCAUCCACUGACCUUUGACCCCAACAUUACUACUCACAUGGACUAUGUUGUGGCGGCAGCUAAUCUGUAUGGGCAGAUCUUUGGAAUCAGCGGGACAAAAGACCGCACUUCUAUUAGAAGAACCUUAGAAAAAGUCCACCUGCCAUCUUUCACUCCCAAGUCAUCCUUGAAGAUUCAUCUCACUGACGAGGAGAUGGAGGAGGAGAAACGAGAUGACCAAGAUGAUGCCAAGAAAGCCGAACUUGAGGAGUGGAAAGGAAAGUUGGCCUCGUCAUCUCUGGAAAGCUCACUCACGCAGAUGUACCCCAUCGACUUUGAAAAGGACGACGACACUAACUUCCACAUGGACUACAUUGUUGCUGCAUCUAACCUGAGGGCAGAGAACUAUGACAUCCCUGCAGCUGAUCGGCACCAGAGUAAGCGCAUAGCUGGAAGGAUCAUCCCAGCCAUAGCCACCACCACGGCCGCAGUGGCAGGCUUGAUGUGCCUGGAGCUGUAUAAACUGGUGCAGGGUCACCGGAAGAUCAGCUCCUACAGCAUUGCUUAUAUGUACCUGCCAUCCACACACAUUGUGUUCUCCCGACCGAGCGAGGCCCACAACUUUGAAAAAGCCUCGUCUGAAACAUUGGAACAAAGAGCCGAGACACCCGUCAGGCUUAAAGAGAAGUUUGCCCCGAGUGUGCCUCCGUAGCCCCAAACCCAACAUAAGUGGUUGGAGUUGUGAGGGCUAGUCGAAAAAGUUCCCCCCUUGGCUGCUAGAGCAGAGAUAAUUGGACCCAGGUUUAGCCAGAGUUUGCGUGUUCACAUCUUGAGCCGAGUUUUGAUCUUCUCUCACCAAACAAGCGCUUGUGUCCUCGGGCGGUUCUGACUACAUGACGCAUUUUUGUUGCAUUUUUGUUGAUAAAUUCAGGUCAGGGGAAGUUUGAUGAUUGUGGAAAACAGAGAGUCACAUGUGAAAACCAAUUAUACAUCUAUCGGAUCAUCAGGGAUGGGAGAUAGAAGCAGCUACUCUGGACCUCUACUGUGGACUAUCACACAAAGUGUCUUUAACACAGAGGACUCGGCGUUAAAAUUGCCCCUCAAAGCUCAAAUGCCUGUUACUAGAAGUGCAAUAUCACAAGGUGUCUAAAAAAAUGUCAUUGCUGUUAUUUCUUAGCCUCGAGCUUACCGGGCCGGCCAGUUUUACAAGCAGCCCCCUUCGGGUUUUCACAGCUAUCCCCCCCCCCACCCCCAAAACCACACCGAAAUGGCGACAUUUCUAUUUCACAAACGCAAAGAUGAUUGUAAAACUGUGCAAAGUCUUCUCCAUGGAAACUUGAGAACAGCAAGAAGGUAAUGGUACACGAGGAAGCCCUCUUCUUGACCUCUGCGUGGCUUGUUCGAGGCCCUGCACCCCGCACCUCUCUCUGCUUUUUUAACACAGUGGUGAAAAAUGCAGUCCCUCUGCCUCCCGAGUGUCCACGACCAGACAUUUUGUGCACACCCAUCACAGCAGGAAGCACUUCAUCUGUCCACUUUGUGUGUGUGUGUGUGUGUGUGUGUGU